AUGACAGCAAAAGUCGAGUUAUUGGACGAUGCCAGCCCGCCGGUGGCUGCAUCCUUCUUUGAUCAAUCUCUCAAGGAGGUUCGACGACGAGUGUUCUACCAAUGGGCUCGCACUUUGUUCAUUUUGUGUGCCUUCAUAUUCGGUGUGCUAUCUCUCUUCUGGGGAUCCCAAUACCACACUGAGGCCAAUUACCCAGCGUUGAAGGUAUGGAUUGUCGAUUUUGACGGCCAAGUUGAUCCAUACCACUCCGACAACACUAUAGUUGGCCCGGUAGUUACCGAUGUCACCAACAGGAUCCUGCGGUCUGACGGCCUCCAUCUCGGCUACACUAUCAAGUCACCCGCCGACUUCAACUAUGACCCUUGGGCCGUGCGCCAAGGCAUUUACGACCAACAUGCCUAUGCUGCUGUAAUAAUCAAGCCAAACGCAACAGUGCUGCUCCGGGAUGCUGUCUCCAAUGACAAUACAACCUACGAUCCCACCGGUGCCAUCGAGAUCGUCAUCAUCUCCGCACGCGAUCAACCUACCUACUACAGCUAUAUCCUGCCUGACUUAGCCAUCCUACAGCAUAAGGUGCUAGCAGAGUUUGGCCCGAAAUGGAUCCGGUCUCUGGCCUCAUCCGUCAACCUGUCAUCCGCACCCCCGCAGGCAAUUAACCCGGCCAUUGGGUUCACUACUGUUGAUCUACGUCCUUUUGCCCCGGCUGUUGCUGCACCUGCCGUGACAAUUGGUCUGAUCUAUCUGAUCAUCAUUGCGUUUUUCAAUUUCCCGUUUCUUAUGCCUGCCCAUACCAUGUUUCUGAAGGCAGAUGGCCAUCCGCCACUGAAGAUGCCACAUUGGCUCAUUUGGAGAGUUCUCUCAAGUAUCGUGGCUUACUUCUUCCUUUCGCUGUGCUACUCACUUGUGUCUCUGGCUUUUCAGAUCACGUUUGACAAUGGCUCUGCAUCGGAAGUCAUGUCCGCAAGAAACCCCAAUGCCUAUGGUCGUGCCUCAUUUGUCGUGUUUUGGAUGUUGAACUGGGUUGGGAUGGCUGCUUUGGGAUUCCCUUGUGAGAACAUGGCUAUGAUUCUUGGGUUCCCAUGGAGUGCUUGCUUCCUGAUCUUUUGGGUUAUCACGAAUGUUGCGACAGCAUUCUAUGCUAUUGAUUUAGCUCCGGGAUUCUAUAGAUGGGGGUACGCAUGGCCGUUACAUCGGAUUGUCGAAGCCAUGAGAACCAUCCUCUUCGAUACCCAUUCACGCAUUGGAUUGGACUUUGCUAUUCUUUUUAUCUGGGUUGCAGUAUCUUUGGCCUUUUACCCUUUUGCAGCCUUCGUUAUGCGCUGGAGGGCAAAACGAGGGAUAUAA